AUGUCAAAAAUAGAGUUUAGGUGUUAUUUGAAAGAAGUUAAGAAAAGAGAGAUGCCAUUAUCACAACAAGAAAUCCUUUUAAUUAAAAAAAUUGAUAAGAGAAUCAGAAAUAAAGAAACAGUAAGAAAGUCAAAGAAAAGAUUUAAAGAAGAUUUUGUUUUUGAAAAAGAACAAUAUGAAAUUCUCUAUCAUAAAUACCAAGAAGUUAAACAGAAAAAUUUAGAAAUUAUUAAAUUGUUAGAACAAUGUGGUCAUUCAAAUGAUGCUGUUUGUCAACUAAAAGAUCAAAUGAAUAAUCUUAACCAUAAUUUUGUUCAAUUUGAAAUCUAG